CUUCAGUGCUGGACAUCAGCUCAUGUCCAAUCACUUAUUAUGGACAGAAGUACGAGCAAAUCUAUGUCGCCUUCAUGAGUGAAAACAUUGCGUUCUGCUUCGACAACUUUUUCAACCCUGAAACUGGAGGUGAUUGUCUUGUGGGGACUGCACCUGACUUGGACAGCACUGAGUUUUGGAUAAAUGAACCCAAUGUUGAAAUCCAAAAGCUGAUUUAUGACAAUGUAGCAACAAUUCAGAACAGGAUGGAAUGCUAUGUGUUGUUUAUCAUGGAGCUCAACGGGAAAAAUUAUGGUUUGGUUCCAGUUAAUUUUGGGACACAAACGACUUUGAUUGUGGAAAUAUUGGCAUUUGGUUCAGUGGUGUUUGAGGCUCAGGUUGGUGGUAUCACAAUUGAUAUAUUGGCUGUUUUGUUUGAUCCCAACAAUCGUCAGUAUCAAAGAUUCUUUGACAUCAGUGGAUGCAGACAUGCUGGUGGUUUGUAUGAAUACGGUGCAGUGCUGAGCUCAGAUCUGAAAACCUGCUCUAUUCUCACCUGUUCUGACACUGCAGCUCUGCAGAUUUCUGGCUGUGGCCCUCUGGAGCGUUGUGAAGGCAACGGCAUCUGCAUGUUGAACUCCACCUGCACUGUGACUGGCCCCACUGUCAUUGACUUCCACGGCCAGGUUAACACUGUUGAGGAUCGGUGUUCAUAUUCUCUGGUCUUGACUCCAUCAGUCCCAGACUUCCAUGUUCUGGGGAACUUCCAGGAACGUCGACGUAAAGACGUGACCUUUUUGGACAGUGUGACAUUGGUUCUGGACAGGCCCAGCAUUAAAAUUCAUCUGGAACAAGGUGGGAGAGUUCGGCUGGACAACACAAUCCUGACCCUCAAUAGUUCACCUCAGCUGGUUCACAAUGUGGAGCUCUCUAAAGACCGAACUGGAGUCACUGCCAAGUUGUCGCUCUCAUACUCCACCAUCUCUGUCUUCUUUGACGGCUACACUGCACAGAUCCACUUAGAAGGGCCUGCUGGUUCAUCAUUUGAGGGUCUGUGUGGAAACUCCAGCAGGUCUCUGAGUGACCUGAGGCUCUCUGAGUACAGCUCCACCAGUUGUGAGGUGAAAUACAAUGACCCUGCUGACAGCACAAUCAACUGCAACAAGAUGAUUGAACGCUGUAAUCUCCUGAAGGAGGCGCCCUUCUCCUCCUGUAACAGUGACAUUGACCCAGAGCCCUACAUAACCGCCUGCACCAACACUUUGUGUAAAUAUCCUGCAGUGGACGGACUCAACUGUCAGUUCCUGAAGGCCUACGCCAGAGCCUGCAGAUUACAGGGAAACCACACUCUGGAUGGCUGGAGGUCAAUGACUGGCUGCUCCUCUGAAGCCUUCUGUCAGGACAGGACCUGCAGCGAUCACGAGUUUUGCGGUCAGAAGACAGUCAGUGGUGACACUCGCUGCUUCUGUCGGACCAUUUUUGCCUCCAAAUACAGAUCAACCAACACUUUGGGUGAUCAAACAGUCUGCAGCCAGAACUCUGCUUCGCUCUCUCUGGCCAGUUGUCUUUUGGAGGACAAAGGCAUUGCAUACUCUGACUUACACCUCAAUGACCAGACCUGCAGGGGUCAGAUGGAUGAGCUUACCCACAUGGUGACCUUCAGCUUCAACAGCAGCAACAGCUGUGGGACGAUGAUCAUAACUAACAACAGCCAUAUUAUCUACAAGAACACCAUCACGAACCAGAAGAGCUCCUCUGAUGUCAUCACUCGCCAAGACCAAAUUUACAUCGACUUCUCCUGUGUCUACAUUCAGCCAGAUAUCGAGACUGCCAACUUCAGAAUCAGAGACAGUUCUGUGAUCCAGCAUGCUACACCCAGUGCUUGGAAUUACACUUUGACCAUGAAGGCCUACACUGAUGUAGGCCGCACACAAGCUGUGGAGUCUUUCGCUGAAGUUCCUCUGAACCAGAGAAUCUGGGUGGAGCUGAAGGCUAAUGGGUUGGAUGGAGACAUGGUUGCCAUGGUAACAGACUCGUGCUGGACCACUGAUGUGGCAUCGUCCUCUGGGAGUGUCAGACAUGACCUGAUUAUCGAUGGCUGUGCAAACCCUGCUGACCAGACUGUGGAUGUGAAGGAAAACGGACUGGGAGCCUACAACUAUUUUUCCUUCAAUAUGUUUCAGUUCACUGGGAGCUCAGGUGAAAUCUACCUGCACUGCAAAAUCCACCUGUGCCCUAAACGGAGAAACAAAUGCACAUCGACUUGUAAAGGAGCUGCUCGCAGACGCAGACCAGCCAGCUCCAAAUAUAAACGAGCAGCAUCAGCCUUCAUCAGCUUGGCCUGGACUAAUUAGGUGGUUUCCAAGGUGACCCUGGCUGCCAGUCCCUGACUUCUGACUUGUCCUGACCGAGACCCUGGAUGUUUAUAAGGAUGAACUCAUAACUGGCUACUCUGAGGCUGGGAUCACUGCCACAGCCUGAUUAAACAGCUGUUAUAUCAAAAGUAUUGUAAGGAAAGGUGACGAUAUUUAUUAUUUAACAGUAACAUGCCUUAUUGUGGAUAUAUGAUUUAUGCCGGACGCCCUUUCUGACGCGACCAAGAAGGAGAACAAGUGUGUGGCAACAUGAACAUUUCUAUGAAACAUCUGGCCUUUACAGAAAUGUCAUCACUACAUCUCCCAGCAUGGGAGCACUUUACGACCUCGCGGGAAGGUUGGAGGCCUGUGUGCUGCUUAUGUUGGAUUCGAUUUGAGGGUAAUGACCUCAAAUCUAAUCAUGUGACCUCGUUCAUAUGAACAAAUACCUGAGGACAGUGGCCUUGCACCAAAGAGGCAUUUUUACUUCUCAGGUUGUUUAAGCUGAAGAUGUUUAAGAUGCUAAUAUAUAAAACUAUUGGACAAGAAUGAACAAAGACAGGAAAAUAAUAAGAAUAAGAAGAGCAUCAGAUGCCAUCUGCAGGUCAGAGGUGCUUUAAAGGGGAAUCAAUGUGAAAAUCACUCCUGUAAAAAAUUGGUAUGCAGGGUGAAAUAUAAAAAGGGGGCAGACAUUUUUCCUCUGUUUCCAGUGUUGGGAAGGUUACUGUUAAAAUGUAUUCCACUACAGAUUACAGAAUACAUGCCCCAAAAUGUAUUAUGUAAUGUAUUUUGUUACAUUAGUCAAUUUUGUAUUCUGAAUACUUUGGAUUACUUAAUAUAUUAUCAUGCUGUUUACAACUACAUGAAUGUACUAUUGCUGUGUGAUUUAUUACUAUUACUGAAGGCUACUCGCCAUACCAAUACCAACUAGUUUUUAAAUUUUAAUAUAAAUUGAGUAACAGUAGAGUGGACAUUAGGUAAGGCUGCACUUUUAGCAGUGAUCUUGUAUAGAAAACUGUUCCGCGUGUAUAUAAAACAGGUCCGGAGCUCCGAACCAUAAUAAAGGGACCUCCGGCUAACACGUCGGGUUCUGUGUUGGGCUCGAAGCCGAAAACUAGCUUUACUUUGUUGUCUGGGUCAAC